AUGACACGGAAACCCAAGCCCGCGCCCCAAGGCGACAACCCCGCCACCGGGCCAGCAAGCAAAUCCGCCCAAGCCAAAGCCCAGGACGACCAAGUCAUGGCGACCAACAACAGCAGCAUCGUCUCCAAGCGCAGCGUCGAGAAGCUGUACUACCCAGCCGAGCCGCCCUUCUUCCGCCACUUUGUCAAGAAGUUCCAGCGCCGCGCCCCGCUCAUCAACCGCGGCUACUGGCUGCGCUUGCGCGCCAUUGAUGUGCUGUGUCUCACCCGGUAUCCGGGGGAGUGUGGCGGCGUGAAGUUUGUGGAUGUCGAUUUUCCCGAUCUGAUCGAGAGGAAACGGCAGACUGUAGUUGGAACGCCUGAGCUGGUGGGCAUGUUUACGGAAGUGAAAGAGGCUGCUGGAUUGGCUGCGCCGGUGGUGUUUGAGAGUGACCAGUAUGUGCAGAUCGGGUGUGAUCUGAGGGAGCUCGGGACGCUGCGGCGGGGGUUAGCUACCGCGGUGGGAGACUUUGAUGCGUGCGAGUUUAUCUUUGUAGCUGAGGUGUCCAUCACGUAUAUGGAAAGGGAGGGCGCAGAUGAGGUUAUCCGGUGGGCUUCCACUGUGGGGCGUGCUGAGUUCGUUCUCCUGGAACAGAUUCUACCCGAUGGCGAGGACCACCCCUUCGCUUCGACCAUGCUGAGCCAUUUCGAUAAGCUCAACACGCAGCUCAAGUCGGUCAGCACUUACCCGACUGUGACGGACCAACAUGCGCGCUUUUCAUCCCGUGGCUGGGACUCGGUCAACGUCCGGACCCUCUGGCAAGCGUGGGCCGACGAGACCUUCCUGUCCAAGUCCGAACGCCUCCAGCUGGACGAGAUCGAGCAGUUUGAUGAGUGGGAGGAGUUUGCCCUCUUUGCGAGCCAUUACUGCGUUGUACAUGCGAGGACAGGAAGCAACCCUGCUGUGGUACCACCUCCGCCUGUGCCUUCUAAAUCCGAACAAGUUCAAGCGCAAGUGGUGGAGAUGCAUUUCGACGAAUGUUCCGGUGUUAGAGGUCAGCGGCGUUUUGGGGCGGGCAUGCGAUUGCCUCAGAACGGAAAGAAUGGGGCGCAGGAGUUCGUGCUCAAUGCUUUGGGCCUAGGCACCAAGAGCCGGUUGCAGUCUUGCGAUCUCUUCCGUUCAGGUACUAUUGAGGGCGAGAAGGCAGUCACCUUCGGCGAGGGAGGCCCAGCGACGAGAAUGUGCCAUUCUUUAACGGACCUCGGAGACGGAGGAGCUUUGUUGGCAGGAGGGCGGGGCUCACCUUCAGUCCCGCUCGCGGAUUGUUGGUUGUUCAACAAGGACACGAAGACUUGGACUCAGACACACGGCCUUCCCACAGCCCUGUACCGGCAUUCCGUUGUAGCUUUGGGUCAGUCUGGUACCGCCUUGCUGGUUGGCGGUAGGGGAGUGGCCGAGGCUUUCGGCGGUUGCCUUCUGUACCAUCCUGUUGCGGGGUGGGUGGACUGCGAGAUCGUCGGCGAAAAGCCGGCUUCGGUGUACGGGGCAGCUCUCUCUUGCAGGGGCGAGAGUACCACGGGAAUUUUCAGUGGUGUUUACGCAGGUGGUCUAGAAGAUGCGCUGGUUUCCGACCAAAUCUUAUCCUGGGAAGCCAAUGUCUCAGAUAUCAACAAACCCACCAUUAAAUUCAACCGCUUGACGAUUAGUAAAAGUAUGGAAAGGGACGUUUCUUGGCUUCUCACAAGAUUUGGCGCAACUUGCCUCCAACGAGGGGAUAAGCUUGUUCUCCUAGGUGGCAUAGCCCGGGAUCAUCUACUUUGUCAUCGGGACGAGGUGCUGUUAUGCUCUCUAGAGGAAGGCGGAAUCACCAUCACCAGCCGACUGAUUGGUAAGGUAUCAGGGGAAGGGGAGCCAAAACCACGCCCGUUGUUCGUCGGGCAUUCAGUUGCCUCGAUACCAGACGGCCGUAUUGUGGUGGUAGGGGGUGGCGCCACCUGCUUCUCCAUGGGCACCUUCUGGAAUAAGGGAGUGUAUACCCUCCGGAUUCCUAAACUGGGAGGCGGACAGGAGGGUAUCUCCUCAUCUGCCUCCAGAUGGGUGCACGAGAAAACGAUCGAUAUUGUUUCGAUCCAACGGAGACCUCCGGCUGCUCCUAAACCCGAGAAUAUCGGCGAACCGGCUCCAAUUACCGCGAUCCCUAGACUAAAGUUACAAACUGCGGACGAUUUUCUCAAGAUUAUCGUUAUUCACGAGGCCGCGACCCAGGCGAUGGAUUUUACCGCCAAGAACUUCCGCUAUGUCACCGCUGAGUUUGGUCAUUUUACCCAGAGGAUAGAACAAGGCGAUAGGGUGUACUUGAGGGCCCUGUCACACGACAAGCCGUCCGAACAACCGGCGCUGUUGGCAGAUGACUUCCCAGCGUUGGCACCCGACUUCGUGUUGCCCGCCCAGCUUUCACUGGUGGCGGAGAACCUAUUCAGCUCAGUAUUGAGGAUGUCUGGACCAGUGAACAUGUGGCUACAUUAUGAUUCACAUAGACUCGCCCACACCCAUCCCAACGAAGCUAUCCUGUCGCCCGGGGAUGUUUUAUUCCUGCCUCCGCUCUGGCUACACACGGCGACACCGACCUCGGACAAGAGCAUUGCAGUAAAUGUCUUCUUCAAGGACCUUGAGGCAGACCACUACGCUCCCGGCCGGGACGUUUACGGAAACCGGGAUCUUGCUGCCUACGAAAAGGGGAGGCAAGACGUUGCCCGCAUCGCAAAUAGCUUCAAGAAGUUACCGGCCGAGGCUAGGGAGUUCUACCUCUUGAGGUUGGCAGAUGAACUCCGCACAAGGGCGAGCGGAUGA